GUGUCCCGUGUCCCCAGGGCCCCCCGCGCUGCUCCUCGCUGCAGGCCCCCAUCAUGCUGCUGUCAGGACACGAGGGGGAGGUGUACUGCUGCAAGUUCCACCCCAAUGGCAACACCCUGGCCUCGGCUGGCUUCGACAGGCUCAUCUUGCUCUGGAACGUCUACGGGGACUGUGACAACUUCGCCACCCUCAAGGGGCACAGCGGGGCCGUCAUGGAGCUGCACUACAACACGGAUGGCAGCAUGCUGUUCUCAGCAUCCACGGACAAAACCGUGGCCGUGUGGGACAGCGAGACGGGCGAGAGGGUGAAGAGGCUCAAGGGCCACACGUCCUUUGUCAACUCCUGCUACCCGGCCAGGAGGGGACCCCAGCUCGUCUGCACCGGCAGCGACGAUGGCACCGUCAAGCUGUGGGAUAUCAGGAAAAAAGCUGCAGUCCAGACAUUCCAGAACACCUACCAGGUGCUGGCUGUCACCUUCAAUGACACCAGUGACCAGAUCAUCUCUGGUGGCAUCGACAAUGACAUCAAGGUGUGGGACCUGCGGCAGAACAAGCUCACCUACACCAUGCGGGGCCACGCCGACUCGGUGACGGGGCUGAGCCUCAGCUCCGAGGGCUCCUACCUGCUCUCCAACGCCAUGGACAACACAGUUCGGAUCUGGGACGUGAGGCCCUUCGCCCCCAAGGAGAGAUGUGUGAAGAUUUUCCAGGGAAAUGUCCAUAAUUUUGAAAAGAACCUCCUGAGGUGCUCCUGGUCCCCAGAUGGCAGUAAAAUUGCAGGGGGCUCUGCUGACAGGUUCGUGUACGUGUGGGACACCACGUCCAGGAGGAUCCUGUACAAACUGCCUGGCCACGCCGGCUCCGUCAACGAGCUGGCCUUCCACCCCGAGGAGCCCAUCAUUCUCUCAGCCUCCAGUGACAAGAGGCUCUACAUGGGGGAGAUCCAGUGAGGGAUCCUCAGCUCCCGGAGGGGAGGUGACAGCAGCAGGGUGUGACAGCUGUCCCUGCUGUCCCCUCCCCUCCCUCUGCAGCCUUUCCACCUCCCCUUUCUCCGGGGACACUUGGGAUUUUGUUUUGGCUGUGCCACUGAUCGUGAAACCCUUCAAACUGAGCAUUUUUGUUCCUUUCCCUGUCCUGUUUCUCCUGGGGUGUUUUUGAUACUGUUAAAGCUGCCAUAAAUGGAUUUUUACACAG